AUGGCUAAUGUCGCUAGAAUGUUACUACAAGUCAGAAAUUCAGAUGGCUACACCAACCCUGCUGAUGUUGCGGCAAUAAAUAGUUUAUACGUGGCAAUGGGAUCACCGACUCUACCUAAAUGGGUUGCCAGUGGCGGGGACCCAUGUGGUGAAGCCUGGCAAGGGGUCUCCUGUGACAACAUGAAUAACAUUGCUUCAGUAACGGUAAAUGCUGCUAAUUUGGAUGGUGAACUGGGUGAUAAUUUGGGAGCAUUUACUGCUCUUAAAUCAAUAGAUCUUAGUAACAAUAACAUUGGAGGGAGCAUUCCAUCCAAUCUACCAGUUACAAUGACAACUCUUUUUCUUUCAGAUAAUAAGCUUACAGGAAGCAUUCCCGAUUCUAUUUCCAGCCUAACUGGAUUGGUAGCGAUAUCUUUGAAUGCCAACAAUUUGUCUGGUGAUAUACCUGAUGCAUUUGAAGGACUAACUGCUCUUGUCAACCUUGAUUUAUCUAAUAACAAUUUGAGUGGGCCACUUCCAUCCUCCACGCAAAAUUUGUCAGGCCUGCGGACUCUCCGUUUGCAAAACAAUCAGCUCUCAGGAACUCUUGAUGUGCUGCAGGAUCUUUCUUUGAAUGACUUGAAUAUAGAGAAUAAUCAAUUUUCUGGACCAAUACCUCAGAAGUUGUUGAGCAUUCCAAACUUCAAAAAGGAUGGGAAUCCAUUCAAUAACAGCACUGCUGUGUCACCUCCACCUACAUCCUCCUCAAAACCGCCUCCUGCUCCACCUUUUUUUGGUGCACCAACAUCUCAGCAGACACCACCAAGUUCUGGACGAACUCCUCGAAAUCAUGCGGAUGGGCCAUCUACAACAGCAGAAUCUACCUCUAAAACAAGCAAAAAAAGUUCAUCUACUAAAAGGGUGGUUUGGAUAUCUAUUUUAGCAAUUUUCUCCUUUAUCGUAUUGGUGUUGGCACUACUCCUGUUGAUGCCAAGGUGCUUUAAACAAAGAAGAGACAUGCAUAGGAUAUCAAAGAGACAUGAAAUAGCUCCUUAUGUUGGGACCAGGGAAAAUCCUGGAAAUGAUGGUGCCCCUGGCCAUCUGGAUCGUCAUGACAAAAAAGAACCUGUGUUGCCAGUUGCAAAGCCUAAAGAAGAACUUCAAACGGGGGCUAGAGAAGGUGGUAUUACUCCAAAGCCACGCCAAGAGCCGGAGACAAAUUUGAAAAAAUGGAGUGCAAUCCCAAAGAGGGAUGAACAUGAGAUAGACAUGAGCCGGUUUGACAUUGACUUAAUGCCUCCUCCGCCUCCCCCACCUCCCCCACCUCCGGCAACACCACCUCCUCCACCGCCUCCCCCUUCACUGCCAGAAAAGGUGAUUGUGAAACCACUCACCACAUCUGAAAAACCAGUCGAGAUGCCUUCAACUAAACAUCUUCCUGGGACUUCUGUAAAGUCAUUCACAAUUGCUUCGCUCCAGCAAUAUACCAAUAGCUUUGCUCAAGAAAAUCUAAUCGGCUCUGGGAUGCUGGGAAGUGUUUAUAGAGCUGAGCUUCCUAAUGGAAAGUUACUUGCUGUCAAGAAACUGGACAAAAGAGUUUCUAAUCAACAGAAGGAUUAUGAGUUUCUUGACCUGGUUAACAAUCUUGACAAAAUUCGUCAUGCUAAUGUGGUUGAAAUAAUGGGUUAUUGUGCGGAGCAUGGCCAGAGGCUUUUGGUUUACGAGUACUGCAGCAAUGGAUCUCUGCAUGAUGCUUUGCACUCUGAUGAUGAGUUUAAAAGGAAACUCUCAUGGAAUGCCCGCAUGAGGAUGGCUCUUGGAGCUGCGAGAGCACUGGAGUAUCUGCAUGAGAUCUGUGAGCCGCCCAUCAUCCAUCGAAACUUCAAGUCUGCUAAUGUUCUUCUUGAUGAUGAGCUUGCAGUGCACAUCUCCGAUUGUGGUUUGUCCUCUUUGAUUACAUCAGGUGCCGUGAGUCAGGUAAUUUUCAGUAUUAUUUUGAAGUUCUUGUUUCAGCUUUUGUAUAUAAAAAUACUGAAGAGGAGGCAAAAAGUAUGCUUGUAGUUAGUGAAAUUAAAUUAGUAAAAUCAGAUGCCCCAUUUAGCUGAAAGUUCAACUUGUGAAUUAGAAAGAGAUUGUUUAUAUGUAGUCGUUACGUUGGGAGGUCAUAAUAUAGAGAGCUAUUUACCAUGGGAAUGUUAUCUUUCACUUUGAGAAGCAGGUAGUCCAAAAUAACAGCUUUUAGAAUCCAGCAGCAUGUCCUAUAAGUUCAGUUUUGUCCUUUUGCAUGAGAUGACGAGAUGGUUUAUUCACACAUGUGAUCAAGUGGCUUUGUAUUCAUUAGGCUUAGCUUUGCCUCAUUUAGUUGGUGAACACAUAAUUUUGCAAUGGAGUAGAUUAGCAUGAAAAAAAAUUCGAGGCAUAAACUACUUGAAAGAUCACAUUGGAAGUGACUUGGCACUUGGGAAAGCCACUUGGGAUUUACCGAAUGUCAUAACUGAAAAUUUGGAGCUUUAUAUUUGCAGAAAGUUUCCCUUACUGACAAACGAACAAGUGUUUCUGGGUUAAAUUUAUAACCUUACACCCGGUCCUAUGACAUGGUCAACUAUUCCCUUUCUUUGUAUGGUGCUAAGAGCCAAUAUGUGCAGUAUUUGCAAUGUAUCCCUUAUUCAGUGCAGCAACCCAAUGGUAAUAAUGAAAUUUCUUUUCUUCUGCCCCGCUGCCUGUACUCACAUAGGUAAGCACUCCCACUUCAAUACGCUCUGCGGCAGCGACUGGCACCAAUAUUGGUCAUCAUUCUAACAUUUACGCUUUGAUUAAAUUGCCAAAAGUAACUUAUUCCCUUGUAAUAAUGAGAAUGAAUUUUGUAGGAAAACAAGAAAAAUUGAUCCUCACACCAUCAGGACUGUACUUAAUGGUUGUGUUAGGUAUAUCAGUGAUCUUGUGUAAAAGAUUAUAGAUACUGUCAUAACAGUUGCUCAAUUGCUGCCUAUUUGAGUUUCGGAUUUGAUUAUAAAGUGAAUUAAACUUUGUGAAAUGACAAACUUUUGGCAUGUCUAAAAGCCUCUUCCGUCUAAAUU